AUGAAUCUCAUCGCUCUGUUGUUGACCCUUCUCCUCUUCCUCCUCCCCGUCGCCAUCUCGCUCCCCGCCACAACGACCACCGACACCGACCACCCCCUUCGGCAGCCCGCACCCCACCAGAACAAGCGUAUGCGCGGAAUGGCCGCGCCGCCCAUGAUGAUGCCGGGGGCCUCCCGGCCGGGGCCGAGGAUGAUGGUCAAGCGCGACGAUGGCGACGGCCGCGGCGGCAAAGACGGCAAAGACGGCUACGACCGUGACGGCAAAGACCGUGACGGCAAAGACCGUGACGGCAAAGACCGUGACGGCAAAGACCGUGACGGCAAAGACCGUGACGGCAAAGACCGUGACGGCAAAGACCGCGACGGCCACGACCGCGACGGCAAAGACCGCGACGGCCACGACCGCGACGGCCACGACCGUGACGGCCACGGCCGCGACGGCCACGGCCGUGACGGCCACGGCGGCGGUCAUGGCGGCGGCGGUCACGGCGGCGGCCACGGCGGCGGUCAUGGCGGCGGCCACGGCGGCGGCGGCGGCGGCCACGGCGGCGGCGGCGGCGGCCACGGCGGCGGCGGUGGCGGCCACGGUGGCGGCCACGGCGGCGGUGGCGGCGGCCACGGUGGCGGCCACGGCGGCGGCGGCGGCGGUGGUCAUGGCGGCGGCGGCGGCGGUCACGGCGGGAGGGCCUAG